AUGACAAAUCCAUGUGAACAAGUGAAUGCAAUAACUCUACGAAGUGGAAUAGUCUUGGAAGAGGUUGAACAAACAGGGAAAGAAGACAGCCCACCAAAAGACAAGGAAGAUUCUAAUGAGGAAGUCGACGAAGAGAUCGUUGUUGAAGAGAAACCAACAAGUCCUAGGGAAGAUGAACCAAAGAGGGAAAAGAGGCAAAGAUGCCCUGCAGCAGAUGCCGAGCUAUGCAAAAUUCCUCAAGGAAAUUCUGUCAAACUAAAGGAAGUUGGAAAAGGAGGAAACAGUGAUGCUUACAGAGGAGUGCAGUGCCAUUCUAUAGAAGAAGCUGCCACUGAAACUCAAGGAUCUAGGGAAUCAGGGAUUGGUGAAGUGAAACCAACGACCAUAGUUGAAGAUGUAUUAGUUAAGGUGGACAAAGUCAUCUUUCUAGCAAACUUCAUCGUGUUAGAUGUGGAAGAGGACAAGGAAAUGCCUCUCAUUUUGGGGCGACCAUUUCUUGCCACCGGAAGAGCCCUAAUUGAUGUAUAA